CAUGGUGACAGCCUCCAAUACUGGCCAGCCAGCCAUGUGACCGAUUGGGUUCCGUGUGGGACCACUCGAAGCUUGGUCGGAGAAAUUAUUCGUCUAGAAGGUGAAAUUGGCCACCAUCCAAGGUCUACGAGGAAACCUCUGGUGUAUCGGUCGAUCGACCCUGUACUACGGACUGGAACCCCACUCCGGGGAAUGGGUCCAGGCUAUCAUGGGGGAUCCAUUUUUGAUGGUAUUCCAGCAUCCCCUAAAGGACUCAGGACACCCACAGAGUAUCUACAUCCCCCGGGGGGUGUCAACGUCACCCUCAGCAAGGACAAAAAAAGGGGGGAAUUAAAAAACCCCUCCAAAAGUUUUGGGUCGGCAGUCAUAUCACUGGAGGAGGAGAUAUCUAUGGGCUGGUGUUCGAGAACUCCCUGAUCAGACACAAGAUCAUGCUCCCUCCUCGCAACCGGGGCACAGUCACCUACCUGGCACCUCCUGGUCACUACGACACCUCCGAUGUGGUGCUGGAGUUGGAGUUUGAGGGAGUGAAGGAGAAGUUCACAAUGGUCCAGGUGUGGCCGGUGAGAACGGUUCGGCCAGUGACAGAGAAGCUGCCAGCCAAUCACCCGCUUCUGACUGGCCAGAGGGUGCUGGAUGCUCUGUUCCCAUGUGUCCAAGGUGGGACCACCGCCAUUCCCGGGGCUUUCGGCUGCGGCAAGACCGUGAUCUCGCAGUCCUUGUCCAAGUACUCCAACAGUGAUGUCAUCAUCUACGUGGGGUGUGGAGAGAGAGGAAAUGAGAUGUCUGAAGUAUUGAGAGAUUUCCCCGAGCUGACGAUGGAAGUGGACGGGAAAGAGGAGAGCAUCAUGAAAAGAACAUCGCUGGUAGCCAACACCUCCAACAUGCCUGUGGCCGCCAGAGAGGCCUCUAUCUAUACAGGAAUCACGCUGUCUGAAUACUUCCGAUGGGCCGAGGCUCUUCGAGAAAUCUCAGGACGUCUGGCUGAAAUGCCUGCUGACAGUGGUUAUCCUGCUUACCUGGGAGCCCGGAAGCACUUCCCCUCAGUGAACUGGCUGAUCAGCUACAGUAAGUACACGAGGGCUCUGGACGAAUACUACGACAAACACUUCCCCGAGUUCGUCCCACUGAGGACCAAAUCCAAAGAGAUCCUGCAGGAAGAGGAGGACUUGGCUGAGAUUGUGCAGCUGGUAGGAAAGGUAAGGCCACAAAAACACAAGACGUGUCCGGCCAAUCUCUGGGGCACUCGGCAGUAUUGA